AUGUUGAUUCGUUUGAGUUCGAAACACUUCUUAUAUGUACCAUCAAUUGUUGAUUUUGAUAAUGAACAAUCAAUUCCAUGUCGGAUUGUUAAUAAUACCAGUAUAGAAGAUAAUCAACAUGUGAUGACAGAUGAAAUGGAUAAUAUGCUAUUCAAUCAGUCGGAUCAUAUGUCCGAAAAUAAUUAUCCAAUCGAUUUAAGAAUAGCAUCUAAAAAAACAUUAGAUUCUAAUGAACUUCCAAUAAUAUCUAAAGCAUCGAAAUCAUUGAUAAACAUGUUAAACUCAAAUGACUUAAAUAACCAACAACCUGUUUCCUGUGAUCUGUCUCAAAGCAAUUUUUUUAGUUCGAAUUAUACUAAUCUUUCGGAAGCACAAAAAAUUAAUUCAAAAUGUUCGAAUUCUAUCGUAUAUACUGAACAAUCAGAACGAUAUUAUUGUCCAAAGCGUUGUAAAGGACAUUUGCCUAUUAUUAGUCCAAUACGAAUUACAGACGAUUGUUUAAAAAUACCUAUGGUUAAAUUUCAAUCACGACGUAAUUGUCGUCGACGACAGAAACAUGCUUUACAAAAAGGAAAACAUAUUGAUAUCUGUAAAUCUUCAUCUACAACUGAUCUCAAUGAAUAA